AUGAUUUGCGGAAAGGGAUUUGGGAUGAUCCUGGUCCUGGUCUGGGCCACGGCCCUUUCCAGCGACCACUCGCUGGUGAGCGGUCAAACGGUGGCUCCCAUGACGAGCUCCACUGUGGCUCCCCACCUGGACGAGAAACCAAUGAUACUGAAUGCACCGCCAAUGAAGCAAAAGAAGGUGAUUUCCGCAGUCCCUGCCUCCGGCUCUAAGCCCCUCCAGGUCACUGGCUUCAUCACCAAGACCGGCAACAUCUACGAGAUCGAGGAUAGGCGCGGCUCCAUCGGCACCAUCGAGGGUCGCCAGGCCGUCGAGGAGAAAAAGGAGGCCGAUCAGAUCGUCUGCAACUAUGGCAACGUGGUCAUCUACAGCGAUGUGCCCUGCGACCAGGUGACCAGCGUGCGCGUCGGCGAGAUCAAGCAGAUCAAGGAGGAUCAGUCGGCGGCAGCGCCUCCGGCGGAGAACAAUGCCGAGGGAGGCCAGGGCGAGGAGCAGCAGGCCUCUGAACAUCAGUCGCAGAUGACGCCGCAGCAGGAGGACGACUCGCAGCAGGAUGAGGAGGAUGCUCAGCCCCAGCAGAAUCAUCCUCGUCAGCAGCAUAACAAUAAUCGCCGCCGUCGUCGUCGGCCACAGCAGCAGCGACAGCAGUUGCAGCAGCAGCAGCGACGCCGUCGUAGACAGCAGCAACAGUUGCAGCAGCGGCGACGCAAUGGCUACAACAACAACAACAACAAUGUGCGUCGUCGUCGCAAUCGCAAUGGCAACAACAGCCUGCGACGCGGUCAGCAGCAGCAGAGGCGUCGUCGCAUCAACAACAGCAACAGCAACAACAGGAGGCGCAUCAACGGCAACAACAACAACAACCAGCGACGCCGGCAACAGCAGCAGCGACGUCGCCGUCUCAACAACAACAACAACAACAACCGCAAUAGGAAUCGCAACCGUCAGUAA